AUGGUUUGUAAAACAGAACAAAUAUGGCGUCCGACAGCUCGAGAACUGCAAUUCGAUUCGAGUGAGUUACUGCGCUGUAAUUUUCUUAACGAAAAGUAGUAUGAAUAACGUUUGGUGCUUUGAAAUUAUAUUUGGUGUGAUAGAAUUUAGCUAACAUAUUGCAUCAAAGCUUCCGUUUCCCAACAUAAGAUGCAGUGUAGCCUGCCCUGAAGUGCAUUAGCGGCAUUUUAGAAUCUGGUUUCAAAAUUCUGUUGACAUGUGUCUGCCACACUUCAAAGCAUUGCAAUAAAAAAUUUGUUUGUAGGCCCAAGGGUUUCCAAUGCUAAUAUCUAACCAAAUGUCAUGACCCUACAAAAGCUGUAGCCUAAAUUGCAUUUACAUAUAAAUGUAUUUCUCCCACCACAGUCUCUAAGAAUAUGACCACCAUGGACACAAAACAGAUCACUCAUCAUACUCUCCAAAUUGACAAAUUUAACAGGGCGGGUAACUAUGGCAACAUUAUGCCUCUCCUGACCGCCCUUGAUAAUGCCUGUGUGACUUGUGAGCAGCUGCAAGGCACAGACAUCGUCAGGGUUCUUUACAGACUCCUCAAAACCUGCUUAGACCAUUCAGUGAAAAGAACAGUCAAGCACCUGUUGUCAAAAUGGAAGAAACUCUACAGUCACCCCUAUCACAUCUCAAAGGAGAAGGGAAGUGGAGAAGAAUUCACUGUCGUUGGAGACAGUAUACUGGCUGACAUAACUUGUCUGGCAGACAGAGGUGGCCUAGCUGCUGGUGAUGCUACUAAACCAGUGGAGUUGGGUGCGUCUUGUGAACAUGUGGUUUUCCAUACUGGGUUCGAGGACAGAACACUCCCAAAUGGGACCAAGUGCGGGAGAGCUAAGGGAGAAGGGGUGUCAUCGUGGCAGGCAGCUGGUGAUUCGUCUUCGGGGUCAAUUUUGCCCACCCUCUCAAAGCAGUCAGAAUCUCCUGCCACCACUUCCCUGGGUACCCCUCCUCCCUGUAAGGAUUCCUCUGAGUCAGCUUUGAGGACAAAGUGCUUCCAGCUUCUCCUUGGUGCCCUCGAUCCAGAAACUUCCAAGGAGGCAGAGGGGAAGACUGCAGAUUUGGCCCGGGUCAUAGAGGUGCACAUCCACACUCUGCACCAUACAAACCAGGCCAAAUACAAGGCAUGCAUCAGGAGUAAGGUGGCCAACCUAAGGAACCCCAAAAACAGCCACCUUCGGUGUGGUCUCCUGGGCGGCAGCCUGGGGCCGGAAGUCUUCGCCGGGAUGUCUGUGGAGGAGAUGGCCAACGAGGAGCUCCAGCGGCUGAGGGAGGAGUACUCGUCGCGGGGGGUGAGCGAGAGGCAGCUCCCCCAGGGGGUGGAGGGGACGCCCACUCAGAAGCUGCGGUGCAGGCGGUGCGAGGGGUCGGACUGCAGGGUGACGCAAGUGUUCCAGGGCCGCUUUUCUUUCGGCGUGGGUCCCCAGCCACGCAACAUCAAUGGCCAUGACCUUUGUGACCUGUAGCAGGUGUGGGGAGCAGUGGUACCACAGCAGCUGGGUCUGCCUCUGAUAGGCCAUCCUCACCACACCACAUUUUAAAAAAUGCCUGCUUUGGUUUUGUUGAGAUCCUGCUGAUAUGUCUUCACCCUAUCAAAAUGACUAAUGUCAUGUUUUAAUGACAGAAAUUAAGAAUUACAUGUAACAUUUUAUCACAUGGUUAUGCUGUAUGCAUUACAUUGUCAUUAAACUUGCUUCGCUACAUACUGU